AUGCAGCUAAACGUUGUAAAUUAUAGUAUUUCCAUGCUAUUGAUGCUAUUAGGAAGUGCUAUAACAGCAAGAAUACAGAAUAAAAUGGCUCUGGCAGCAUUCAAUUGCAUAUAUGGUGCAAUUGUGAUCAUUUUUGCACAUGGGUUUGUACAAUUGUAUUUGAUUUAUAUUAUCUUCAUAGUCAACUAUAUUUGCAUACUCACAAGAAGAUUCAGACCGCACCUAUACACAGCAAUGAACAUUCUGUUUCUAUUCGCAUACGAGAAACUCUACAAGGACGUCAUUGGUCUCCCUAGCGAAUUCGAUCUAACCGGCCCACUCUUUAUGCUAGUGAUAAAGAGCACAUAUGCAUCAGCACAAUACAAUCAGAAUCCAAUUGAUUUAUUCAAUUACAUCUUCAUGGUACCAGGAAUUCUAGCUGGACCAGCCAUAGAAUACGAUGAAUUCAUCAGAAUCCAAAACAGUCAACAACCAAAGGUAGAGGCAAAUUUCCUACUUCUGAUUGCAAAGAGCCUAGUUGGAAUAUUGAUCUAUUUUGUAUUGGAUGGACUCAAUCUGACUAAUAGAAUUCUAUCUAGCAACUCAUUCAUCAUCAAAACAGGCUACUUGUUUUUGAUGAGUCUGCGGAAGAAGUCGUCACUCUAUGCCGUCUGGACGUGGGCAUCAGCAUGUUUCUGUCUGAUCAAUAUAGAAAUCACAAACAUAGACGUAACAAAGGUCGAAUUCACGUCGGAGCCAAUGAAUCUGCCUCGUUAUUGGAACAGUUGCACGAAUAAGUUUCUUAGGGAUUUCUACUUCAAGGAUCUGCUAGAAAAGGGAUACAGGAAGGAGUAUGCAGCAAUGAUGUGCUUCAUAAUAUCGUCCUGUAUGCAUAGCAGCAAGAUGUACGACUUCAUCUUCUUCAUAACGGCUUCCUUGACUCUAACGGUACUAAACAGGAUAUUCAGCAGAAUUGAAUUCAUAGGAAGAUCCAGGAUACUUAGAACAGCCAUAAUAACAUUCAUAUUCAUGUAUUUCAUUGUAGCAAAGGCAACGAACAACACCAAGGAGUGCUUUGCCAUUUGGAAGGAGAUGAAAUACGUAGGUCAUGUGCUGCUGGUCUUCUUGUACCUGCUUUCACUCUUUUUUGAAAGGAAGACAGAAUUGAUGCAUAGGAAAAAAGAAAAGACCAAUUAA